ACUAAUCUGUAUCUGUUCAGUCCAAGGGCGGAUCUGUUUCAUAUCGUUUCCCCUUUUCUUCAGACACACCUGUUUUCCACACAGCUUUUACAGACUGGACCAGGAAGUGUGAGCUGCUGUAAGUGUGAGUUUAUUUUUCAGUAAAAUGGCAGAAGCGAAUAUUUCAGUAGCUCAGGAUCAGUUCAGCUGUCCAAUCUGUCUGGAUCUAAUCAAGGAUCCAGUAGCUAUUUCAUGUGGACACACUUUCUGUAUGGUGUGUAUUAGUGGCUGCUGGGAUCAGGAGGAUCAGAAGGGAGUCUAUAGCUGUCCUCAGUGUAGACAAACCUUCACUCCAAGACCUGUUGUGAGUAAAAACAGCAUGCUGGCUGAAGUAGUGGAGACACUGAAGAAUACAGGACUCCAAGCUACACGUCCUGCUCACUGUUCAGCUGGACCUGAAGAUGUGGAGUGUGAUUUCUGCACUGGGAGAAAAUCCAAAGCCAUCAAGUCCUGUCUGGUGUGUCUGGCCUCUUUCUGUGAAACUCACCUCCAGCCUCACUAUGAAUCUCCUGCCUUUAAGAAGCACAAGCUGGUGGAAGCCUCCAGACGACUCCAGGAGCAGAUCUGCUCUCAGCAUGACAAACUGCUGGAGGUUUACUGUCACACUGAUCAGCAGUGUAUCUGCAUGUUGUGUACCAUGGAUGAACAUAAAGGACAUGAUACAGUAUCAGUUGCAGCAGGACGAGCUGACAAACAGAAGCAGUUGUUGGAGAUGCAGGGAAACUCCAAGCAGAGAAUCCAGGAGAGAGAGAAGGAGCUUCAGGAACUAAUAAAAGCUAUGGAGACUCACAAGAUGUCUGCACAAACAGCAGUGCAGGAAACCGAGAGGAUCUUUACGGAGCUGAUCAAAUCUAUUGAGAGAAGAUGCUCUGAACUGACAGCGCUGAUCAGAGCUCAGGAGGAAGCUGCAGUGAGUCGAGCUGAAGAAGUCAUGAAGCAACUGGAGCAGGAGAUCGCAGAGCUGAAGAGGAGAGAUGCUGAAAUGGAGGAGCUUUCACACACAGAGGAUCCUGUCCAGUUCCUCCAGAGUUUUCAGUCUGUCGCAACCCCAACUGGAUCUUCAAACUUGCCCAUCAUCACGUUCAGCUCUACUCUAACUUUUGAGGAUGUAAUAACAUCUGUGUCUCAGCUGAGAGAAAACGUUGAAGAGUGCUAUAAUGCUGAGUUUGUGAAGAUUCCAAGUGGAGUGAGGGAUGUCCAUAUCUUAUCACCUCCACCUCCUCGUAUCACUAUGCAGAUGCUAAAUAUGCAGACCCAGAGGUUGCAUCAACUGCAUUACCCAGAGGUUCCAUCAACUGCUUUCAAACCGUAUGGUUAUGGAACGGCGAAAGCAAGAUUUUCAAUGACUCGGCAAAUGUGAGAAACCUGCAGAUCACCAACUAGUGAUACUCUGUGAUACUCUACAGAACUCCUCAGUCUGCAAUCUCUCUCUCGCUCUCUCUCUCUCUCUCUCUGUCAUUUAAACACAAUUUCUCUUCUCACAUGUGCAGUGUGAAAUAAUCAGUGUAAUCGUUAUUGGAAUGAAUAAUAAUUUAAGGAUGUUUAUCUGGGAUUUGUUGAUAUAUAUUGAUGAAAUACUUACAAAUGUAUUAGUGCUUUGCUUUUGGUGUCUCUUAAACAAAAUAUAUUCAUGUAGUUUUAGUAGUUUUCCAUUUUUUCAGACAGAACAUUUAAAGAACUUUAAGUAUGUGUUUGACUAGAAAGUUUGACUUGUUAAACGCUCUAGCUCCUCAGCCAUAUGUAUGGAAAUCCAUAUUCGGAUUUGACAUUAUACUUCAAAAACUCAUUUUACAAUGUUUUGCUAGUAUGUAACAUUAAAAAACAACUUAGCAACUGUUGAUAUUAAUAUGACUUCGGUUUUUUCAUUACUUUAUUAAAACCAUUAUUGUCUAGUACUUGCAUUUACAAAUAAACAAUUUUAAUUCUUAACAUCUGCGUUAUGGAAACUGCAUCCUAUGCUUUCACUUUAUUUAAAGCCAUCAAUGAUGCAUUUAUAGAGGUUAUUAUUUGUAUUAUAACUCACAAUAAGUAUUUAUAAUGCAGCACAACACAUCUAUCAACAAUAUAAAAUAAUUCACUUAUUGGACAUAGAAAUGAAUAUGCAUUACUAAUAAGUCAUUAUAGCUACAAUAUAACAACAUCAUAAAAAUGCAGGCUGUAUUUUUAUUAAUACAUUAAUGGAACCAUAAAACUAAUUAAUACUUAUAAAUUGGUGUAUAAUGCAUUAUGAGCAUGGGCACUGAAAAAGCAAGUUUAUCACUUAUAAGUAAUUAUACCAAUAAUAUAAAUGUAGCAAUAACUUAUUAUAAAUUAUUGAAGUGUAGGUCUUGAUAGAUGUGUUUAAAGGGCAGUAAUUCUUGCUUAUAAAUAUAUAAGUGUCACGUAACGAGACUGGAGGCGGAUGCAGGUCACAGUCUUUAUUAAUUCGCAGAUAAACAAAAACACAGGGAGCGCGGUCUCUACUGAUUAUGCAAACUCUGGUCCUGUAGCUACGACCGCUAGCAUGCUACACAUUAGCACAUACCGUUAUCCUUCCUCUACUUGACAAACGUGAACCAAAUAUAAUACUGCGCGAUGUGCGCAGUAACACGGGGGGGGGGUUAAAUAACAAACCUAAUUAAACCAAACGAUAAACACCUGAGGCAAAUCAGAGACUUAAUCAGACUUAAUGUCCGAGCGGGAAGUGAACGAAAACAGAAGAGUCACGUGACCAGCCAGCGGCCGUACCGCAGUGCCCUCUGCUGGCCGUGGCGUAACAAUAAGUAAUAAUUCAUUAAAAGCAUGGGCUUCAUAGAAAUCGUUACCGAACUUUCUAUCGGUGGUGUUCUUCUGUUGAUGAAAGGUGUAGUAAUUUUCAUAUUAGGAAAAGUGUCAUAGUGGAUCAGAGAUGUUUCCUUAAAGCAAAAGUCAAAUGGAAUUUUAUGUCCUGUGCUUUCUGUAGACCGUCUUUAAGCAUAUAUUUUACUCCUCAAAAUGUAAAAGAUGAUCUUGUAAUAAUUGUCCUGAGAAAUGUAAAAGAGUUGUUACACACAACGUUUUCUCUGCGUUAUUCUGAUGCAUAAGUUUUUAUUAAUACAUUUCCAGGUUUAAAAUAAGGUUUCUUUGCAUAAAAUUUUGAAAUAUAAUAUUUUCAAAGCCCUAAUUGAAUGACACAAAUAACUGUGUUGCGAUAGAAUCUGAAAUCAGUAGUGCUGUACAAUUAUUUUGUAUUCAUUUAAAUAUUCUGAAGUUUUACAAAAAAAUAUCCUUUUGAGAUUGUUAAUUUGUAUAACUUUGUUUGUUUGUUUGGUUUAAAAAAAUAUUUUUAAUUGCUUAAAAAGGUUGCUUUUUAAAGCCACAAACUGUCUCCUUACUCUCUUCUCAAGAUUCCCUAAAGUGUUUCUUCCUCACGUCGUCUCUGGAUUUGUGUCACCGAGUCACUUAGACUUGAUACUCUGUCAACUUUGUUUAAAUUGUAAUAGUGAAAAUGUAUAACUUUAACAUCUAGUGUUUGCAGUUUUCUGUACCUAUAGAGCUGAAAAUGUUUUUUUUGUUGUUGUUGUUGUUGUUUUUUUUUUUUUUUUUUUUUUAAAUCAGUUGCCAAACUGUGUCCUCAAGAAUUUUGUGGUCAAUCCUGCUAAAUUGUGAUAUAAUGUCUAAUAAUGCAUUUUAGGUGGUGGUGGUCAUAGUGGGAAAGUCUUAUUAUUUGCCUGGGUGGUAUUGGUGGUCAAUCUAAUGUUUUUUUGUUUUUUUUAAUUUAUAGAUAGAUUAUCCUUUCUGAAUGAUCCUUUCUUCUGUUUUGAUUAUUUGAUCAAGUUGUGCUUAAUUCUGUGUGGUGGAAGAAUUAAAAAAAACAUAAGUCCAUUGUAA